GUCGCUCCCUGCUGCUCACCUGGUUGUUGCUCGUCGCCGCUGUCCGAAGCCACAGCUGGAGACCCUGCACAGACCUGCUGCCUCUUGACCUGCUGGCCAGAGCUCUGCCGCGCCCAGGACAAGCCCCGCCCAUACAGGUGAAGAUGGUUCAGUCUAGAGGGUCCAGAGGUCUCCGAUUGGCUGGUGGCGCAACGACAGCGAUGAGUUUCCCUGCCUCACAAAUCUUCACCAACUGUGACCCCUUCCCUGCUGAGUUCUCAUUGGUCGCCACCAUCAAGAUACCAAGUCUGAGACAGAAGAGGAACGAGUAUAUCUUCUCUGUGGUGGAGGAGAGAUCUGAUUCGUUGUUGCUAGGGUUACGUGUCUCCAAGAACCGCCUCCACUUCUUGACCACGCUCCCUGGUACUGAUGGGCGGAGCCGGCUGAGCUUUAAGGAUGUUGGAUUGGAUGAUAACCGCUGGCACACCGUGGUGCUGGCCAUCACCGGACCGUAUGCCAUUCUGACCGUCGACUGUGGAUUGCCUGUGGAGCUUAAACAGGUCCAGUCCUUCCCCAGCACUCUGAGCACCAGAGGGUCCAGGUUCUUCAUUGGCAGCAGGAGGAGGUGGAGGGGACGUUUCUCUGGUUUACUUCGUCAGCUGGUCCUACUUCCUGGCUCCGACGCCACGCCCAGACUGUGUCCGACCUCUGACCCCAGUCUGGCUGAGCUGUCCGUCCCACAGGUCCUAAAGUCGACCCCCCUCCAGCCAGACCACCAGGGACCAGUUUACCCAUACGAGGCCGAGGCCAGAGUGACUCAGGGGAAUCCUCCUUCGUGUUCCAGACCAGAACAAGGCCAGCUGUGGUUCAACGCUCAGAGGAAAGGCCUGUUCAUCUGUGACGGACUCACAUGGAGGACACUGCUGCAGAAUAAGGAGCGUCUGGAUUACGUAGAGGACUACCAGGAUCUGUACACCAGUUCAGAAACUUUUGACGUUGAGGUCUUCUCCAUCCCAUCUGAAGGCUUGUUCAUGGCUGCAGCCAACAGGGACUCUCUGUCCGGUUCAAGUGUCUACAAAUGGAGAAACGGGUCGUUCCAGCUCUACCAGAACAUCAGCACUCAGGAGGCUCGAGCCUGGAAACACUUCACCAUCGACGACAAGAUUUUUCUGGUGGUGGCCAACUCCAGAGAGGCCGAGCCCGAGCUGUCCGUCAUCUACCGCUGGAAUCGCCAGCGGCGGCGAUUCCUCCGUUUUCAGACCCUGGAGACUCACGGCGCUCUGGACUGGGAGGCCUUCCAAAUACACAACCACAGCUUCCUGGUCGUAGCCAAUCACAGACGAGACUCCAACCACAACAUCCAAAGUGUGAUCUACAGGUGGAACCCAAAAACAAAGCUGUUUGAGGUGAACCAGACUCUGUCCACAUCCGGAGCAUACGACUGGGAGUUCUUCACCGUGGGACCGUACCACUUCUUGGUGGUCGCCAACACCUUCGACGGUCAGACCACCACCAUCAGCUCCACCAUCUACGUCUGGUUGGACGGCUGCUUCCAGACCUUCCAGAACAUCCCGACGGUGGGAGCGACCGACUGGGAGACGUUUCAGAUCGACGGCAGGUUUUUCCUCGCCGUCGCCAACAGUCAGAAGGUUUCAGACAGCGACCCGAGUCCCUACAGCAUCAACUCCACCGUGUACGAGCUCAGCACCCUCACACAGACCUUCAUCCGCUUCCAGGACAUCCUCACACACAGUGCGGUGGACUGGGAGUUCUUCACCAUCGGAGACGAGAAGUUCUUGGUGGUGGCCAACUCUUACGACGGCAGCUCGUACUCUCUGAACAGUGUCGUCUACAGGUGGCGGGGUUACGAGGGCUUCGUUCCAGUCCACAGUCUGCCAACGUUCGGCUGCAGAGACUGGGAACACUUCAGCACUGAUGAAGGCUCCUUCCUCAUCUACUCCAGCGCCACCUCAAGGCUCAGCAAGGUCUUCAAACUCAAGACCUACUGA